AUGGUGAAGCUGCACGUGAAGCGCGGAGACGAAAGCCAGUUUCUGUACGAGACUACGACGGAUACGCGGCUCUCCCAGCUUGUACCACACGUGGUGAGCCUCUACAACGGCCGACUGAAGGUCGAUCGCCUCUGCCAAGGUGCGUACGCGAUUUCUAUGGGGCGGUCGCAGUGUGCGUUAAUUAGAAUCACCAUCGUAUCGGCUCCUCCAGAAAUUGAGCUGCUGGCUCAACAUGGAACGAUGCUACCUCCUGAUAUGAUAGGUCUCACAGAGGAACAGGUGAAGGAGUUGAAGUUGUCUGAUAAGUGGGCGGAGUCUUGUGUUCCAAGUGGUGGUGCUGUGGUGAACCCUGACCCCGUGGGACGUAGGAAUGGCCAGGCACCCAAUGACAAGAUGAAGGAUGUGCUCAAGCGAACUAUUAGUGAAGCAAAGUCAGCCAUUUCUAAGACCCAGGUUGAUGCGGGUGUGUGUAUGACUGAUGACAUCAUCCACGAUGCUCUGGACAAGCUGCGAGGAGCGGUGACCAUAGUCUACCCCAUGGGUCUUCCUCCCCACGAUCCCAUCAGAAUGGAGUUUGAGGGAACUCAAGAUCUCUCUGGGACACAGGUAUUCAUAACCUCCCCUGUGUGUGUGUGUGUGUGUGUGUGUGGCUUGGUAAGUAGGUCAGCAGGUACUAGAGGAGGACAUAGCCCAGCUCUGGUGGGCCGGGAAGCAGCUGGAGCGAAGCAAACUCUACGAGACUACGUCGGACGAAACGAGAAGACAAAGAUAGUGGCAAAGCUCCAGAAGAAAGGUCAAGGUGCUCCGGGAAGAGAGCCCGUGUUUUCAGCAGAGGAGCAGCGAGCGAUGAUGGCCCUGGCUCACAAGAAGCAGGAAGAGAUGAAGAGACUGGAAGCAGACGAGAGUGAGGACUACCUGAACACAGAGUGGGCUGAUCCGACUGGACUCAAGAAGACGUUUACAGGAGCUGGGGACAUCUCUUGGAGACCAAAAUGAUCGAUGGGCAGGACAGUAACAUCACAGCAAGGGAAUUGAAAUUCGACCUAGUCAAUCCCGUCCAUUUUCCCACCCUUCUUUCUUGCCUCCCUCUCCUUACUUUCUUAGAUGACUGCUGACUACACACCCACACCCCACACACACACCAAAAUAAAGGCAACACUCACUUAAACAAUGAAAGCUCUUUAUCUCCAAUAAAGGUAACACUCGCUUUAUUUGUUUUAAUUGGCGACCACAAGGCGUAGUCAUCUGAAUGCUGAUAUUCCAUACAUAUAUAUACAUACAAUUGUAUGUUACGGGCACUGCAUGUACCGUAAUGUUAUUGUAAAUAUGCGUGAAAAUUGAACUGCUCGCAAACGCAUGGCAUUUGUUCUAAUAUGUGCAAAAAGCCUUCAAUAAACAUAGUGCAUUUAUCACUCUUGCCAAACAUACAUACAGAGAAAUGGUUUAUCAAUAUUAUUUUGGUGUGAAAUAACCGAUAUUCCGAUAAUGAAAUCAUUUGUGAAAAAGUUACAGUAAAGAAAAGGUAAAUAGGAGAUGAUAUAAAUAUAUCAUACUUUGCAAUGUGUUCUUGCUGUACAAAUAGACACUUCACGUUAACGAGGGGGUGUGGUCGGUCUGUCAGUCAGUAGCGGUGGGGAUGGUGGUGAAACGUGGCGGACUGGUUACCAGUGGUAAAGGUAGGGGCGUGGGGUCUGUGGUCCAUGCUGGACGUGGUGUGGGCCGCCAGCGAUGGGAUAUGGUGACUCGUUGACUGAGGGUUAAGAGGUCCACUUAUAAUCCCUCUUAUGACCACGAUGCAAUAGUGCAUGGUAUUGCUAGUACAUGACUAUACGUGUCCCCCUAUCUGCACGUAUUCUUACCCUAUCUGUACAUGUGUGGCCCAGUACAAAAGACUGCCAGCAGUUACACGGGGCAGAGGUGGGUUUUUUUUCCAAAAAGAAAGAUCACACAGUGUGCUCUGUCCAGCUCUCACGAGAAAUGUGCUGGGUCACCUAAUGUCCUAAGCGCUACACAUGCCACAACAAAGUCAGGCUCAUACUAAAUUACCAUAAUAAACGGUUGUGUCGUGAAGUACAGCAUGGACACUGGCCAACUGUGCUUGUGAACUUAGUCAUGCUUUCCUUUACAAGCGAUUUGCGAUUGCGAAAGUUAGUUACACAGUAUGUGUGGAAGUCUGUGGAAGUCGGUAAGAG